CCGCCCCUGGGCGCUGACCCGCCUCGCCCCGCACCGGCCCGGGAGGGCCUGAGACCUGGGGCCGCCGGAGACCCUGCCCACUCCGCGGCGGAGGUGCCCCUUGUCGGGGACCGCGGGUCGCGUCCGGCGUCGGUCGUGCCCCAUACCACCUGUGUGACCUUGGGCUGGCCGCUUGGCCUCUCUGAGUCCGUUUCCAUCCCGCAGCUCCGAGGACAGGAGUCCGCCGGGUUUGGAGUCGAGGGGGUGGUUCUGUGGCGUGCGCGCUGGGUGGCUCCAGCACCCCCAGCGCGUGGGCCGGUGGGUACCCAGCGCACAAUGAGGGAACGCGACCCGUCCCUGCAGGUCCCUGCCCCGGGCUGCUUCUCCUGGACUGGGAAGGCACCUGGAAGCCGCAGACCCUGUGCCCACGCAGGUCCUGCUCUGGGGGCGGGCAGGAAGCAUUCACACUCAUUUUACUUUUUUUAGGAAAAAAGUGCUUGUGGGGCGGUAUGAGACAGAGCUGCUCUUGUCUCCCGGGGCCAGCCAAGGGGGGUUUGUUUUCUGUCCCUUUCUCACUACAAAGAACAAAGAAGAAAGGGCCAAUGAUGCAAAGCCUCGUCUGCCCAGGAGGCCCUGCCCUGAGGAACCUGGGGCCAGGGGGCAGCUCCCUGGCCACCUCCUUCCCUCCCCACCCCCUGCAAAGCAGCCUGACCCCCAUACUCACUCCCUGGGAGGGACUGGCGCCUGUGGCCCUGUUCACCCAGACCUCAGCCUCCUGCCAGGCAGCCCCGCCCCCGCCCCCGGCCCCGCCCGCGGCCCUCCUCCACCCCAGGACCUGUUUCUUCCAGCAGCCUUUGUUCUAAAUAGAGGGGAUGGACUUCCUCAGUGAAAACGCAAACCAAACCACCAGUCCGGGCAGGACUAGCCACUAGCCGACAUGGGGGCUGGAGGUGGUGGCCCCACUGGCGCACCUGACACCUGGCUUGUCCUGCGAGAGGCCUGAGAGGCGGCAGGGGGAGCAGGGCCAGGCCCCGGGGGAUGCAGUGACCACUGAGAGCAGGUGCACCUGCAGACGCAGCAGCAGGUGAAGCUGCGCAUGACGGGCAUGGCGCUGCAGGUGGUGCGCUCCGACGGCGUGCUGGCGCUCUACAACGGCCUCAGCGCCUCCCUGUGCCGACAGAUGACCUACUCCCUGACUCGGUUCGCCAUCUAUGAGACCGUGCGGGACCACGUGACCAAGGGCAGCGAGGGGCCCCUGCCCUUCUACAAGAAGGUGUUGCUGGGCGCCAUCAGCGGUUGCAUUGGCGGCUUCGUGGGGACGCCCGCGGAUAUGGUCAAUGUCAGGAUGCAGAAUGACGUGAAGCUGCCCCCGAGUCGGCGUCGCAACUAUGCCCACGCCGUGGACGGCUUGUACCGCGUGGCCCGGGAAGAGGGUCUGAAGAAGCUGUUCUCGGGCGCCAGCAUGGCAUCCAGUCGAGGGUUGCUUGUCACCGUGGGCCAGCUGUCCUGCUACGAUCAGGCCAAGCAGCUGGUACUCAGCACCGGGCACGUGCCUGACGGCGUCCUCACACACCUCGUCGCCAGCUCCAUCGCGGGUGGGUGUGCCACGAUCCUGUGCCAGCCCCUGGACGUCCUGAAGACGCGUCUCAUGAACUCCAGGGGCGAGUAUCAGGGUGUUCUCCACUGCGCGGUAGAGACAGCAAAGCUGGGGCCGCUGGCCUUUUACAAGGGCCUCCUGCCUGCGGGCGUCCGCCUCCUGCCGCACACGGUGCUGACGUUCGUGUUUCUGGAGCAGCUCCGCAAGCACUUCGGCGUCAGAGUGCUUUCCUGAUGGGCCGGGCCCGGGCGACCCCGCGCCCAGGAGGGUUGGUGGGCUGGGCGCUGCCCGGGUGCCCAGGCCUCCGUCCUCGGGGCCCCCCACCCUGGCCU